UUUGGGCUGUGGGCAUAUAGCGCAUGGCUACUCAGCUACAGUUUCUUACAGUACCGCGUGGCGCACAGUAGGCAUGAUUGGCAGCGCAUUGCGUGUUUGUUUUUAAUUGUUUACCUGUAGUUAAAUAAAAAGUUAACAGUUCGACCGAGCAAACCAUCAAGAUGUUGGUUCUUUUCGAGACCCCGGCUGGAUAUGCCGUUUUCAAGCUGUUGGAUGAAAACAAACUCGCCAAAACAGAUAACCUAUACCUUGACUUUGAGACGCCUGAGGGAGCCAGCAAAGUUCUCAAACUUAAGCACUUUGAAAAGUUUGCGGACACAACAGAAGCCCUUGCUGCCACAACAGCAGCCGUAGAGGGAAAACUAUGCAAGUCCCUGAAAAAGAUGUUGAAGAAGCACUGCUCCGAAGUACAGGAGCAGCUUGCAGUUGCAGAUGCCAAACUUGGAAAUGCCAUUAAGGACAAAUUGAGCUUGCCGUGCGUUAGCAACACUGCUGUUCAAGAGUUGAUGAGAUGCAUCCGCAGUCAAAUGGACAGUUUAUUGGCUGGUUUGCCAAAGAAGGAAAUCACUGCUAUGGCUCUAGGUUUAGCCCACAGUCUUUCUAGGUACAAGUUGAAGUUCUCACCUGACAAAAUCGACACUAUGAUCAUUCAGGCUGUAUGCCUUCUGGAUGAUCUCGACAAAGAAUUGAAUAACUAUGUCAUGAGGUGUAGAGAAUGGUAUGGUUGGCAUUUCCCAGAAUUGGGAAAAAUUAUCACAGAUAACAUUGCUUUUGUGAAAACAGUUAAAAUUAUUGGUACACGAGAAAAUGCAAUUCAGUCAGACUUAUCAGACAUUUUACCUGAAGAGGUAGAAGAGAAAGUUAAGGAAGCUGCAGAAAUUUCCAUGGGAACAGAAAUAUCGCAGGAUGAUAUUCUUAAUAUUGUGCAUUUAUGUGAUCAGGUGAUAGAAAUCUCCUCCUACAGGUCACAGCUGUAUGACUACCUCAAAACCCGAAUGAUGGCGGUGGCCCCAAACCUCACAGUCCUGGUUGGUGAUUUGGUUGGUGCUCGUCUCGUUUCUCACGCCGGAUCUCUCAUCAAUCUCGCCAAACACCCAGCCUCCACCCUUCAAAUUCUUGGUGCUGAGAAAGCCCUCUUCCGUGCUCUUAAAACAAAGAAAGACACACCAAAGUAUGGUCUUAUUUACCACUCACAGCUUGUUGGACAGGCUACCACAAAAAACAAGGGUAAGAUGUCGCGUAUGUUGGCAGCCAAGGCAUCACUCUGUACAAGGGUAGACGCUCUGGGUGAAGAAUCGAGCUUCGAGCUUGGUGCUGAACAUAAGGUUAAAUUGGAAUCUAGACUUAGAAUUCUCGAAGAGGGCAACAUCAGGAGGCUUAGUGGUACUGCUAAGGCUAAGGCUAAGUUCGAGAAGUUCCACACCAAGAGUGAAGUCUUGGAAUACCCGACAGCGGCAGACUCUACUCUUCAGAGCCAGAAAAGGCGACACUCCGAGAUCGAGGAAAAAAAGCCUCUGAUCGAAGUAAUCGGUGAGAGCAGCGAAAGCCCCGAGAAACCCAAAAAGAAAAAGAAGAAGACAGAAGAUGACGCUCACGUAGAAAUAAAACAGGAGGUUGAAGAAGAAGCCCAAGAAGGCGAGGGCAAGAAAAAGAAAAAGAAGAAGAAGCAGGAGGUCGAAGAAGUGAAGGAGGAGCCUGUCGAGGCCGCAGAGGCUGAAGAAGAACCGAAAAAGAAGAAGAAAAAGAAGAAGAAGGACCAUACAGAAGAGGCAGACACCAGCCAAGCAGCUGAAGAAGAGAUGGACACCACAGUCGCAGAGGAGACAGUCACGGGUGAAAAGAAGAAAAAGAAAAAGAAGAAAUCUCAGUCGAAUGAUUAAUUUACAUACAUACUUAUGUAAUUAAUUUUUAUGUAUAUGAACUCAUAUAUAAACAAAAGAGCGCCGAUAUAACAGUGAUUGUUAUUCUUUACAAAGUUUUGUCUCGGUGAAAAAUGUCUAUCUGCGACCUUUAGAACAUUUUUCAAGAAAGUAUUGAGUCUUAUAUUAUUAUAUGUAUUUUAUAUCCACAAUGAACACACUCUAUGUAAAUAAUGUUCUAUCUACUUUUUUGAGAAAAAAUAGAAGGGAAUACAUUCCCCACAAAUAUAUUAUCUUUUUGUAACUCUAUCAUGAUUUUCUAAGCCAUUAUAUUUUUAGAAAGAUUAAUAAAGUCAGUUAAGAAAAGUAAACACAAGUAUUAUUAUUGUUUCUCUUGUCUGGUGAUCAGAUUUAUUAGGCAUAAAGAGAAAUUAUUAUACAUGAAUAAAUUUAUACAAAUGAAAUGCACAUAAAAUAUUUUUUGACAGAUUGUAUCCCGCUAUGACGUAAAAUAUAUUAUAAUUUUCAUCAGAUAAUUUUUAUAGUCUGUUGUGUGAUACGCUCAAACAGACUUUCAUACCAUAGUUUAAUUAAAUUUGGUAGACACUCCGUCGCCAGUAUCUGGAAAAAAGCUUUAGCUUUGACAAGAUUCGUCUAUUCGUCGCUUGUCAUCGUUUGUACAAUUCAACAUUAACGUCACAGCUUCUGAGAUGAAAAGAUAAAUUCAUCAUCUAAAUUCUAUGGAGAAAUAAAUCGACAGUCUUGCGGAUUCGACGAAACACUACAGCAAGUAAAAAACAGCACAAAGUUGCCCUUUCUACAUAUAAAAUCUUAAUCCUUGAGAUAUAGAUGUUUAAAAAAGUAAAUGGUAAAAUGUAGUGUGAUCGGUGCACGUAUAUAUAUGAACUAAAAGCUACUGAUGAAACAUCAUUGCACAAGAAACUAAGUUUCUUUCCCUACGGUUUGAAGAAAAAAGAUUACAAACGAACAAAUCAUAACGUAAUGGAAGCAUUCACCAAUUACUUCAACUAAAUGUAUGAUAAGAGUAACGUCUAAUUUAAAGCUAAACAUCGAUUCGACGAACGCAUACAACAAAUUUAAUUCGCUGGUGGUGGUGGUUCUGGUUGACUAAUGACCUAAAUAAAGUAAUGAUUACAGAUAAGUUCCGAUACUCUUUGAAAGAGGAGUCGACAGUCGAAAUAUCGUUUACGUAAAUUUUCUCAAAUCUAUAUUUUUUAAAUUUAUAGUUUUACUUGGAUACUUAUAUAUUUUUAUAUUUUAAAAACGCCAUGCAUAUAUAAUUUAAAAAAAAUAUAGAUUUUUUUAUUUUUGGCUAUCAACACCUCUUGCAAUUUUGAUACUAUGAUUACACAUAACGAAACGAUACUUGAAGACACAAUCACAGAUUUACUCACAUGCAAAACACAUAAUAAACACAUAAUCCGCUGCUGUUAACGGAACCAACACAUUAACUUUGUGGGCAUUUUAAGGAGGUUGACUAUUCAAAAAACAGUCUCGUUGCAGCUUGGAGUUUGUGUAAUAAUAGAACUUGGACCUUAAUUUAUUAAUUAGUUUAAGUGUAGGUAGGAUGCAUAUUACUUCCACUUGACUUCAUUAAUCAAAAGUUUAUGUAUAUUUUUCGAGCGUUGUAAUACAUUUUCUUCAAAACCAUGUCAAGACGGUACUGUACAACCGCAGAAUCAUUCUUAUAAUUCGUUAUAUUUUCCAAAUUUUCGUGAAUCGGAUUGUCAUAUAUGUAUAUGUACUCAUUAACUCAAUCCGUAUGUUAAUUAUCUGCACUUUGUUAAGUCCAUUAAAUUAGAUUAAUUAUAUAUUUUACAUACAUAAAUUUGCUUUAUAAAGAAACUGUGUCCCUUUAACUUAGAUUUGUAAAAAUGACUAAUUUCGCAUGGUAUAAGUUCGCGCGGAUUUUUGUCCUACAAAUUCCGAAAUGAAAAAAUUCAUAUUUUAAUUAACACACGAGUUCUUGCGUAUAAAAAAGUUACGCGUACGUAUUAUAAAUUUUUAGCGCUUGCUUAACCAGCUUUUGCGAAUACCUGAGCAGACACAGCACAUAAUUUUUCUGCAGCCUCUGCCGUUUUUAAUGAAACACAAUACCGUCUAAAGAAUAACUUGUCUAAGCCUGAAUUAAGGUGACAAUUCUUUUUUUCAAAUGAAACGACAUAUUUUUCUGAUUUUAUUAAUGCUCACUC